CCCGACCCCGAGCUCCCACCUCACAACCACCGCCGCCGCCACAACGUCGACGAGGCCGAAAACUGGCGACCGAUCAUCACCACACCUUGUAGACGGCUCCAUACCCUCAACCGCCCAAGAUGCCCGGCUUCGACUUCUCAAACGUCAACCGCAAUAACGCGUUGCACGCCCGCGGAGUGCCGCUCCCCAAGGCCACGAGCACGGGCACCACCAUCGUCGGCUGCAUCUACGAUAACGGCGUCGUGAUCGCGGCCGACACCCGGGCGACGAGCGGGCCGAUCGUGGCGGACAAGAACUGCGAGAAGCUGCACUACAUCUCGCCGCAGAUCUGGUGCGCGGGCGCGGGCACGGCGGCCGACACCGAGUUCACGACGGCCAUCAUCUCGUCGCAGCUGGAGCUGCACUCGCUCUCGACGGGCCGCAAGCCGCGCGUGGUGACGUGCAUGACCAUGCUCAAGCAGCACCUCUUCCAGUACCAGGGCCACAUCGGUGCCUACCUGGUCGUGGCCGGCGUCGACCCCACGGGCACGCACCUCUUCACGGUGCACGCGCACGGCAGCACCGACAAGCUCCCCUACGUCACCAUGGGCUCCGGGUCGCUGGCCGCCAUGUCGGUGUUUGAGACGCAGUGGCAGGCCUCACUGGAUCGCGACCAGGCGAUCAAGCUGUGCAGCGACGCCAUCCAGGCCGGCAUCUGGAACGACCUGGGCUCGGGCAGCAACGUCGACGUGGCCGUCAUCACGGCCGACAAGACGACGCUGCUGCGCAACUACAUUACCCCCAACGAGCGGUCGCAGAAGCUGCAGACGUACAAGUUUGCGCGCGGCACCACCGCCGUCCUCAACCAGAGGAUCGUGAAGAAGGGCGAGCUGAGCAACCUGGUCAGCGUUACCGAGAUACCACCCGCGACGGAAGGCAUGGAGAUCGACUCAUGAGCGUGUCUGUUAUGCUGGCAUGGAUCAAGAGCAGAGGGCACGUACGGCAGCGUGGGGCGCAGGGUCAUACCUACUGGCCAAGGGGGCCGUAAUGUCAUGUACCUCCUCCACGCCCGAGAGAACGGCCUUGGCUAGGGACGGGGGCAGGUUGCGCUUGGGCAUGGCGGUAAUGCUACCAAACAAACAGAUGGACAUGACCGACAUGGUAGAUCGCCGCAUCAUGAAUGGCGAGCGCCUUGCAUGUAACUCUAUGACUCCUGGGUCUGAAAUAGACGGCGUUCUUUUCUUGCAUUUAUUCGCAUUCCACCUCUCUGUUCCCCGGUUCAGUGAAUGCUACGGCGUAAACUACUUGGGUGCUAAGGACUCAGGUAAUCGUUAGUUCUUGCCAUAGUAGUACGCAUGUGCCUGUCGACCCAGGGCAUACUUCAAAUAUUAUAUAUGAAUCUCUUGUUGGCACAUGUAUGUUUCCAUCAAGAGUUGAGGCUACCC